AGUAGACUAAUAGAUUUAGUUGGACUGCUUCAUAUUGAUUUAUCACAUCAACCUAAACUGUUAAUUAAUAAUGUUGAUUUACGAAUUAAAUUAGAAAGAUCGAAAGAUAAUUUUGCUUUAAUGGCAAAUAAUGAUAAUUAUAAAAUUAUUAUUAAAAAUGCAUCUCUAAAAAUUAAUAAAGUAGAUGUUAGUUCGUCAGUUCAAAUUGGAAUUGAAAAAGCAUUGCAAACAGGUAUUAUAAAAAUUCCAUUCCGCAGAACAGAUAUUAAAGUUUUUACUUUAAGUAGCGGAAUUCAGUCUACAAAUAUAUCAAAUGCUGUUAUCGGUCAGUUACCUUAUAGAAUUACUAUUGGUUUAGUUUCUAAUUCAGCAUUUAAUGGAAAUGUAAAAUACAAUCCUUUUAAUUUUAAAAAUUACAAUUUAAAUUAUAUAUGUUUAUUAAAAGACAAUCAAAUGAUUCCCCCAAAACCAUAUACUCCUGAUUAUACGAAUAAGAUAUAUGCAAGAAAUUUUAUAUCAUUAUUUGAAGAUAUAGGAUGCAUUAACCAUCAUAAAUUUACAAAUAUAUCUUAUGACGAUUAUAAAGAUGGAUAUACUUUAUAUUGUUUUGACCUUACUCCUGAUCAUUCUGCAUCAGAAUCACAUAUUAGUGUUAAUCAACAAGGAAACAUUUCAGUGGAAUUAAAAUUUUCAACCGCUAUAUUAGAAACUGUAAACGUUAUUUGUUUGCUGAAAUAUAAUAAUACUCUAGAAAUUGAUCACUCAAGAACUGUGUUUGUGGACUAUUAAUGAAUACCAUUACUUUAUGGAGACUGGCUUUAAGUGAUUCGAAAAUAAAAAAGACUUUUGGAGGUGUUUUUGCAUCUGAUGACUUACUCAUUUGCAUUGCUAAUCGUAAAUCGUUUAUAAUUAAUUUAGAUGAAAAAAAUAAGCCAGGGAGUCAUUGGGUAUCUGUGUUCUUUACAGAAAAAACU